AUGCUGACGGACGCCACGAAAAGCCCGCUCGCCCUGCUCGCCAAGACAUGCGAAACCAUCGGCAUGCCCGAGACGCCCGUGCACAAGAAAUCGAAGAAGGACGACAGUCCUGACGGCAAAAAAUCCGACUCGCCGGCUCCGAAACGCGCCAACGGGCAGCGAUCUCCGAAAAUGGCUGCCAAGCACUCGGCCGUUGACCCGAUGACAGCAAUGGGUCUGCCUAAGGGUGGCCACCCCGGGAUGUUCCCCCCAUUCGGAUUCCCGAUGGGUCUCCCGAUGUCCUUCCCCGGCAUGAUGGCCUACCCCCCGAUGGGAUACCCUGGGUUCCCGAUGCCCCCUUAUAUGCGGUGCCCCUCGAUGAUGCUCGGCCGCCCCUGCACGAACCCGGCGUCAUGCCCAGGGUGUUCGGGAGCAGCUUCCGGAGGCCAGGACGCUUCCGCACUCGCCGCGCUCGCCUCCGGAUUCCCGGGGAUGAGCCCGUUCGGCUUCCCAUUUAUGCCUACAACAAGCACCGCCACCUCGCUCCCCGCUUCCUACCAGCAGAUGCUUCAAGCCGCCGCCGCCGCUUCUCAAGCGACCACCGUCUCCCUGCCCUCCUCGACGUCGAUGCCCUCCUCCCUGCCGAGCUCGUCUACCGCUAGCUCGACGCCUUCGACCCCAUCACCCUCGCAGCACCGCUGCUACUGGGCACUCCCCGGCGCCGGGCCCUGCAACAAGGCGUUCACCUCGGCCGAGUUGUUGAACUCUCAUAUUAAGGCCGCCCACACCUCCGACAGCCCGCCGCCCAAGAACAAGAGCCCAUCCCCGGCGAACACUACCUCCGUGUCGACCACCUCCACCCCGGCCUCAUCUACAGCUUCCACCGCCUCGAGCCGCUAUCACCCCUAUUCUAAGCCCCAAACCACCACCCCCACCUCGGCUGCCGCCUCCCCCAUGGCCUUCCCAUUCCCAGCAAUGGGUGGCAUGUCUUUCCCGGCUGCCGCCCUUCAGCAGAUGCAAAUGUAUCAGCAAAAGAUGAUGAUGGGACUCCAGCAACAUCCU